UUUUUUGGCAAAGAGUAUUAGUGGUAAUAGCAUUUGAUGAAAGUGCUGAAAUUACGACAGCUCAUUUUGCCGAUCCAAAACGUGGACGCAUGUCGUGGAUUAUCGAUGAGAAUGCUUUACCGUGGACUGGACAGUAUUAUUACAUUGAGUAA